AUGCACGCAGCGUCUACCCUAGCAACAACCACUUCAGAAACAACAAUCUCAUCAGAUACUUCGCCUGUUGAGGCAACAACUGAAGAUCUGAAAUCAAAAAUUUCCACUGGCCCUUCUGAUACUACGGUUUCAUCCACGACGCCGUCAGUGGAAACAACAUCGAGAGAAUUGAAAUCCACAGAGUCAACCGUCCUCUUGGACACUACAGGUUCAUCCACUACCUUGGUGGUUCGGACAACAUCUGAUGACGUAGUGUCUACAGUAACGACUGGCGUUUCAGAAACAACAAUCUCAUCAGAUACAGCAACAACUCAAGAUUUACAACCUACAGUAUCCACUGCUCCUUUGGAAACAGCAGUCUCAUCCACUACCUGGAAGAUGGAAACAACAUCUGAAGAGGUAGUGUCCACCGUAACAACAGAGGUUUCAGAAACGACACUUUCAUCAAGAACGUCGCCUGACGAAGCAACAACUGAAGAUUUCAAAUCUACACAGUCGAGCGCCCCUUCAGAAACCCCAGGCUCAUCCACUACCGUGACAGUGGAAGCAACAUCUGAAGACGUGACAUCUGCCGUAACAAGUGGCAUUUCGGAAACAAGUAUUUCGUCCACAGCGACUCCUAAAGAAGAAGCAACUGAAGACUUGACAUCUGCCGUGACAAGUGGCACUUCAGAAAGCCCGAUCUCGUCCGCUACUCCACCUGUAGAAGCAACAACUCAGGUUGCAGAUUUCCGGUCUACAGUGUCAACUGCCCCUUUGGAAACCACAGUCUCAUCCAUUACUUUGACGGUGGAAACAACACCAGGAGACUUGACAUCUGCCGCGACAAGUGGCGUCUCGGAAACUCCAAUCUUGUCUACUUCUCCAAUAACAGAAAAAACAACAGAAGGUAACAUCUGA